AUGGAAAAAUAUGAAAGGGAAUAUAAUGUUGAUGCCAAAAUAAAAGAUGUUAAUGUUGAACAAAUUAAAUGUGGCACAGUUAUGGGUGAUGGUAUUAAAGUAGAUGAUAAAAUCAAGGGUAUUGUUAGUGAGAUAGCACCUGAAAAGAUGACAGAGAACAUUAGUAAAUGUGAAAUACCUACUAUAGAGGUCUAG